AUGAACGACGACAGGAGUCGACAGGCAAAGCUCGAGGAUCUGGACAUCACCAAACAGGAAUUGGACAGCAUCGGCGAGGCGUUGAAGAAUGAACAGUUCCGCAAACUGCUGUGCGAGUACGUGGACGAGAUAAACGACCCGGAGAACCGUGCGCAGUACGAGCGGGAGAUAGAACAGUACGAACUGGAACGCGGCACCAGAGUGACGUUCGUGCGCCCGCAGCCCGGGUACGUGGUGAAGACGAGCGCCAACGGCGUGCGAAAGGUGUUCAUCAACGUGUGCUGUUGCGAUGUGCUGCAGAAGCCGACCAGCCGCCCGGGCGCCGGCGGUGACCAUUGGUCCCUGCCUCAUUGCCUGUCGCCGGUGCGCGAGGACUACGACAAGGCCCACAAGCCGUGCGACGUGUACGAUGUGGUGUUUCAUCCGGACGCGCUCAAGUUGACCACUCACGGCAAGAGUCUCAAAGACAUGGUCGAGGACACGGCACUCAGUAUGGUCGAGAAGAACAACAAUGUUGUUUUAGACAAGGCUAAUCUCAAGUAUCCGAAAAUUGCAUUCAAAGGUGUCGCUCGAUCGUUGGUCAUACGUAAGUCGAUCAAGGAUUUCCAGCCGUCCGCCGAAACCCAGUCUGCUGAAUUACCCGGGUGUCCGUAUAAGCCACCGGUUGAUCGACCAGUUCAACAUCAUGAUCUUGGUGCUUUGAAACAAAAGUCACUGUUUACUGUUCCUAAGUACAUUAUAAAAUAUCGAAACGACAUAGACAUUCAAGAACACGGAUAUAAUAUGCAUUGUAAAAUGAAUGCUGUCAUACCAAAAGAGUUAAUUAUUGAAAUUAACUUACCUCUCUUGGACUCUUCAGCAAAUGUAGAACUUGAUGUGCUCCCUAAGACAUUGAAUUUAGUUUGUCAUAAGCCUUCAAAGUAUAAACUUGAUAUCAAUUUGCCUUAUAGCGUACUGGAAAAUGAAGGUAAUGCUACGUUUGAUCAAAGUACUAAAAAGUUGAUUGUGUGCCUUCCAGUCUCGCGAUCAGAGCCAUCACUGGAGUAUGUAAAAAAUCUUGUUAGUGAGGUUGAAAUGUCCAAAGAUGAAAAUGGUCAUAACUUUGAUAUUGUAAAUAGUAAUUUGGAUGAAGUUGUGAUCAAUAGUGAAAUUAACAAUGACGUCCAAGAUUGUAAUACUAUGGAUGUUAAUAAAGCUAUAGUGACUAAUGGUCAUGACAAUGUGAACACAAAUGAUCUUGAAGACAACACUGUGCGAAAUAGCUGUAAUAAUAGUAAUAUCACUGAAAAUGAUGUACACUAUAUCCUGCCAGAUCACGAAUUUAUUUUUGAAAAUAAAUGUUUUCUCACGCUCAACGUAAAAAACGUCGAUCCAACAUCGAUUGAUGUGAUAGUUAUUAAGGACAAAAAUUUGAUCUCCUGCAAAUUCCAUUCCAUUGGUUCAGGAUUUUUUCCUAUAUGGUUUGCUUUUUGCUUAAAAAUUCCAUCUGAAUCGAGCUUAUUAAAGUCUGAUGUCAACGUAUUACCUUCUGAUAAAAAUGUUAUACUUCAUUUUUCUAUACAUUUUAAACCUGACAACAAUCAAUAUUGGUAUGGACUUGACCAGGAUAACUUAAAAAUUCAUUGUAUUAAAAUGGAAACACUUAAAGAAAACUCAAAACCUUUAACAAACGGUGUUACAAUUCCUCUCAAUGACAGUGAUGAUGACGACGAUGAUGAUGAUGACGAUGAUGUAUUUGACUAUACUAAAGAAGAUGAAUUAAAUAAUCAAAAACAACAGAGCAUCAAGAAAAAUGAUGAAAAUUAUCGGUGCAAAGAUAAAAAUCUUAAAACAACUAAGGAAAAAAGAAAAAAAAAGAAAGGAAAGAAGAUACAAAAAUCAAAUGCCAUACCAAUAGCUGUUGUCGGCAGUUUACCAGAAACUAGAAAAACAGUAGAUUUCAUACCCGGAUCAUUACCAAUUGAAUUUAAUAACAUCAGACCAACAAUCCGAGGAAUCUUAAAAAAAAGAGCUUUGUCUGAAUGUAGUACCAUAGAUGACUCUAAUUUGUCUUCUCAAAUAUACAGUUCAUCUGUGGACAACGUGGACACUGAAAGUUCAGAUGUACUGGGGUCAAGUAUGAAUGAUUUAAGUUCAAAAAAAACCGUUCGUUUUAAUGAUCAUGUCAUUGAAAAAAUGAUUAACUUCAAUAUAAGCAUAGCAGCACAAGCAAAAAAACACAGACAACGUCAGCAGCGUAAGCGCAAUAUACGAGAAUAUAAUACUCCUAGUGAAAGCGAAGCGUCUGAAGCCGAAGACAGAGCGUAUGGGCCGCUAAAUGUGGUUUCAGAAAGCGAAGAGACCAGCGUGUCAGAAAGCAGUGCUGGGGAAAUGUCUGAUGACAAUAGUAAUGGCACACCAACGACUGUAUCGUCAAAAGUUACAGUUGUAGCCGACUCUAAGAAAGACCACAAACGACGCAAGAGUAAAUCAGCCAGGAAAAACGCUUCUCUUGCGAAACAGGCAUCAACCAACAAUUUAAUAUUUCCUAUUGAAUAUUGA